UGACCGGAAGCCCCGUCGCGGGUUGCGCGUUAACUCGACAGCAGUGCGGGGCAGGACCAGGGCAGGAGCUCCGGAGAGAAAGCGGAGAGCGAAGUCCGAUUGUCGGGUCAUUGAUUCUCUGUGUCCGCCUCAUCUCGGCGUCUGCUGGUCUGACUUCCCCUCCAGGACAGAGGACUCCACUCCGAGUAAACCUGACGCCGACUGACACAAGAAUGGAGAUAGAGAAGGAAGUGAAGAAGAUGACGCUGGGCCAUGAGUUUGGUGCCGGAGCAGCCUGUUUGAAAUGCAAGGACAAGUGCGAAGGCUUUGAGCUGCAUUUCUGGAGGAAAAUCUGCCGAAACUGCAAAUGUGGCCUCACAGAGCACGAUGUGUCGAUGAACUCAGAGGACAACAAGAAGGUAGGCAAGUUGUUCGAGGACACCAAAUACACUGGCCUCAUCGCAAAGCUGAAGACCGACGGAAUCCCCAGUUACCAGGGCAACAUGGUGACCAUCACUCUGCCCAGUGCUUCCACUGCUUACUCUGUACCACCGAGUUCCUCUUCUACCGUUGUUCCUCCCUCUUCCACGGCUGGUGUUGUACGGCCUACUGGAGCCUCUGCAGCUGCAGCACCCAACAGCGGUCAGGCCCAGCCUCAGGUUCAGCCUCAGGUUCAGCCUCAGGUUCAGCCUCAGGUUCAGCCUCAGGUUCAGCCUCAGGUUCAGCCUAAGCCCGCACCAGGAAGUGUCGCACCAGUCAAGGCAAAUAAAUUGCCGUUCUCUGUCAGCUCCACAUCAGCCAAUGUGAUGCCAGUUCCCAAAGAUGUGCCAAUGAAGUCUGUCACCUAUGAGUGGGCACCGCCAGUAGCUAAUAAAUAUAUGGCGGUACGUUACAUCGAGCUGCUUCCACCAGAGAAGCGUCCGGUGUUCGGUACAGAGGGAGCGGUUUACCGUCGGCAGCAAAUGGCCCUACAGCUGCCCGAGCAUGACCAGGACCCAUCCAAAUGCCAUGAGCUGAGUCCUGCUGAGGUCAAGCAAAUGCAACAGUACGUCCGCAAAUACAAGGAUGAGGCCCUGGGCGUGGGGGAUGUUAUGUUGCCUGAAGAGAUGGCUCUGGUUCAGGCUGGAGGGCAGGGUGGAGCUGGAGGUGCCGGGACUGGAGGUGCCGGGACUGGAGGUGUACCUGGUGCUGGAGGAGCAGGGUCUGGAACACCUGGAGCUGGUGUUGGUGCUGGUGGUGUUGGGGCUGGGUUUAGACCGGGAAUUGGGGUUGCUGGAGCUGGCUCAGGGCAAGGGGUUGCAGGCCGAGGGGUCGGGCCGAUUUGUGGGCCUGGAGCUGGCACAGGCUUUGGAGUUGAGGCAGGGGUUAACAGAGCUGGAGGUGGUGGUGCUGGAUUUGGUGCUGGUGGUGUUGGAUUUGGUGCUGGUGGUGCUGGACCACUCUCAGGGCCUGGGACUGGACCAUCUGCUGAAGGAGCCAUGGGCACUUCUGCCACUGCUGGAGCCAUGGGUGUCCCUGGAGCUCAGCACGCUGGACUACCACAACAGAACUUUUCAUGCCACCACUGCCAGCUCCCUAUGUGUCUGGGCGAGCCGGCCGUCUACGCCGAGCGGGCUGGUUACGACAAGCUGUGGCACCCAGCAUGCUUUGUGUGUUGUACCUGCAGCGAACUACUGGUGGACAUGAUUUACUUCUGGAAGAAGGGCAAGCUGUACUGUGGACGCCACUAUGGAGACAGUGAGAAGCCACGCUGUGGAGGAUGUGACGAGCUGAUCUUCAGUAAUGAGUACACUCAGGCUGAGGAACAGAACUGGCAUCUGAAGCACUUCUGCUGUUUCGACUGUGACUGCAUCCUUGCUGGGGAGACGUAUGUCAUGGAGAAUGACAAGCCUGUCUGCAAGCCCUGCUACAUGAAGAACUACGCUGUGAAAUGCUCAGCCUGCCAGGAUGCGAUGGAGCCCGAGGCUCAGAGGGUUUCCUACGGCGAGCACCACUGGCAUGCUGAGCCACAGUGCUUCAAGUGCUCCGGUUGUUCCAAGUGCCUGGUCGGCCAACGCUUCAUGGCAGUGCAGGGCUUCCUCUUCUGCUCUGUGGAGUGCAAGAAGAAAACCAUGGCUUAGAGGGCCAAAGCGGUCUCUUUGGUCUUCUCCACAACCACUUGUGAAACCAGGACAGGUUUGAAUAAGACUAGAACCAGAGCAGGGAAAAACAGUAACAGAGUGCCUAAAACCUUUAAUAUAGAGAUGUACGAUAUUGUCAAACAGUGUUGAGAAAUCAUUCUAAACUAGGAUGACACCCUAACGUAUUCUGUCCACUAUGUUCUUUGCCUUAAAACCAGCGGUCUCCCUUCAAUAAGUAGAUUUUUUGUACUGUGUUUUUAUACUGAUGAGAUUAAUUUUGUAUUGGUUUGAGGUGACAGUCCUUUUAGUUCAUGUUAAACCUGUGUUUAAUAGUAGCACUGCUCUUCUCCUAAAUCUUUGAUUUAAUGUGUCACAUUUGCUUCAUACAAGCCUCUGAUUCUCACCCUCCUCUAUGCAGCGAUAUGUUGAGCUUUAUCAGCCAGGUUUGGUGUUGAUUUGCUUCCAGUGCACUGUCUUCCAGAUCAAAUUUAAAAGUAAUAAUAAUAAUGGACAAAGUUAAUUCUCUAAUCAUUAUGCAGCAUUUUUCAACCCUCCGACUGAAGAAUUAAAUAAAUACAUUUGAAUAUAAGUGAAAUAACUGGAAGUAAAUAGCCCCGACUCUGACAGCAAUAAAGGCUAAAGCAGCCUCCUACUGUGGAUGUGUUAGAAACCAUCACAAUGUAAGCGUAGUAGUAUUUUCUAGAGCCUGACCAAUACGGAAAUCUGGAGGCAGAUCUCAAUACUGAUAUUGGGGUUUAAGAAAUCUCCCAUUCUGAUACUUUUGCUGAUAUUCGGCAAGAUGUAAUUUUGUAAUUGAGACUUGAAUUUUACAAUUUGUACAUAAACUUUAUUCUAAAUAAAACAAAAUAAAUAGAACAUAAAAUAUAUAUAUAGAACUUGAAAGAAAAUAUUCUUUACACAAUAUAAAUGCAUAAAAACAUAAUAUCAGCCAUACAUUAAAUUGGUCGGGCUCUAGUAGUUCAUGUUAUCUCAAGGGAACCAAACAUGUGAUGGUAUGUGGUGCUCAGGUAUAUGAGAGGAGUUUCUAAUAAUAUGGCUAAACAAAAUGCGCAAAGAUUGUUGCAAUACUGUCAGACUGCAUUUAUUUGUAUCUAAUACAAUUGCCAAACCAUGUAAUCUAGUUUCCUCUACAACAACAAUACCAUAAAUUGUAUCCUCAGAAAAAGCUGUUUCACACCGAUCAGACGCAGUUUUAAGGUGGUCUUCACAAAUACUCAACUGCUGCAUUAUGUUUGCAUUUAUAUAUAUGCACAGGUGUGUUGUCAUUAUUUAUUCUAUAUUUGCUUCGUAAGUAGCGUCCACAAGGUGGUCUCCACAUUACGUGCUAAAUAAAAGGGAUAGUUAUAGGGAUAUUAAAAGGAUAGUUCACCCAAAAAUGAAAACUCACUCAUUAUCUACUCACCACUAUGCCGAUGGAGGUGUUUAAGUCUACAGUGGAGUUUCAGGGGUAAACAGCGUUGCAGCCAAAUCCAAUACAAUUGAAGUAAAUGGUGACCACUUCAAGUGUAAAAAGAACAUAAAAAUCUUCCAUACUGCUCGUGUGGUAUCAUUCAAGUGUUUGAAGCCCCUGCAUUUAAAUUUGACUCAAAAUUAGGUAAUUGUUUUUAGCCUAAAUGUGCACUGACAUGCUUCUCCUGACCUGUGUCACAGAGGACAUUUAGGCUAAAAACAUGGUGUAAAUGACCUUGUUCUGAAAAACUUGAAUGUCGGGGCUUACAGACACUGGGACGUUUGAAGGAGUCACCAUUUACUUCAGUUUAGAUUUGGCUGAAAAGCUGUUUACCCGUGAGACUCCAGAAGUGUUUAUUGGACUCAAACACUUCACCCACCUCUCCAUCGGCAUAGUGGUGAGUAGAUAAUGAGUCAAUUUAAAUUUUUGGGUGAACUAUCCGUUUAAGUAUAAACCAAAGGAAUGAACAAAUCAAAAAUGGACUAAAGUAAAAUAUUUAUUCUCCCCCUGCAAUUACUUAGGAUUUGACAGAGAUGUUUUUGUUCAGGUCUGCUCGUAUCACUGGCCCCAUAAUAGAUAUAAACACUGUAAUGCCAGUUGUCACAUAGGAGGAAUGGCAGCUUUGCCAUGGUUCCCAAAGACUUGAUGAAAUGAGGAAAACACUGUAAACUGUAACAUCUAACUUUUUGCCACUUCAGUCCUGUUAUGUUUGUGCCAUGGAUUUUCUGUUCAUGCAAUAAGCUGCACUUUAAAAACUAAAUCCA